UGCGAUAAGCGGUACAGUCACAGCCACUCUGGAUGGGAGCGUCAGGUUGCCGUGCGUCCCUCAUUUGGAAAAUUGCGUCAAAAAGUGUUCCAGCAGGCAUUUACUGGGCUUCAUUUCCUCUGAAGUUAGCGGCAUUUAAACUCAAUUUCCUACCUGGAGAGAAAAGAAGGGGAUUAAGCGCUGAUUAAGAAACUCUCAUCACUUUCCUGGCAUCUCCUGCGCGCCCGUCGGCUCACCGGCUCUCCAUUCGGCACUCAAGCGGUCCAAAGUCCUUCAGUCAUUGUGGUGGGACGCGGGCUGAGCAGAUGCACAGAUAAUUUUAUCCUCCAAAUAUAUGUUUUUUUCCCGAUCUUAAAGAACCGAUGAUGCAGAUAUAGCCAGAGGAGGAAUCUUUAAAAACAAAAAGUGUUAUUGGUUUCCAGAAAACGGCCCUAUUUAAAUGUGGACAGUGGGAUCAAGAUAGAAGUGGAGGGUCAUAAGAUGAUUGUGUCAGGAAAAGAUCUCUGGUGAACUUUUGUCACUUGCAGUCAUGGCAUUAAGUGAGACAUCCACAUGAAGUGAAAUCCUGUGCUUUGUUAGGGGGGGCUUGAAAGAAGAUUUUUCUUUGAGAGAGAAAAAAAACAAACUGUAAAUCAUACUUCAUCCAGCAAAACAAACAAUACCUCCACACCCUCCUCAAUGAGCUGAUUUUGGCACCAGUCCUCCUUUCAGCAUACUUCUAAUAAGCUCUGCUUCCACAACAACCCUCUCAGUGCCAGUCAUGGUUUCUGUCUGAUGCUGAAAAAUAAACUGGAGGACAACAGGGGAAGUCAAAAAAAAAGGUGAUACAGACUUCAUCAGAUAAAUUAUGUUUUUUUGCCGCGUGUCACCACAAAUCUGAGACAUCCAGAUUUUUUUUUUUAUAUCCUUAGACACAGUGGUGUGUAAAGUUUUCAUCUUUUUAGGCUUUUAAAUAUUGAGUUCCUGGUCCCUUGGACGUCUUUAUCAUUUCUCAAGGAUCCUCUCAUCCACCUGUUUCCCUCCUGGCUGUCUUCCAUUUUGCAUUCUCUCUCAUACUUAGUCCAGUGAUUUCCUCCCACUCCUCUCCACAUCCUUCUUCACCUUUUCAUACCAUACUGGUUCAGUGAGAGGCUUCAUCCUGGCCGGCACGAUUCCAGCCAAGGGGGAAGAGGACUUCCUGACGCUGGCCGCUUCACGGCUCAGCCGCAGGAAACGUGUCAUUGGAGCUGCUGUAGGUGUGGCCAUGGUUCUAAUACUGUUGGUGGCCAUUCCCCUGCUGGUCCACACAACCAAAGGGGGGAACACCGGAAAUGCAGGGAGCCAUUAUGAAAUGCUUGGAAGCUGCAGGAUGGUAUGUGACCCCUACGCUACGUCUCAGCCUGGCCAGGAGCUGACAGCUGUGUCUCCUGCGCCCCAGGAUUACUCUGGGAAGAAGCUAAAGUCUGGGCUGCGUGGGCCUCCAGGGAUUCCUGGCCCUCAAGGAGCACGUGGACCCCCUGGAGAGCCUGGUAAACCUGGGCCACAGGGGCCUCCAGGUCCAGGUCCUGGUGGCUAUUCUCCCUCACUCUACACUCCCAAAAUCGCCUUUUACGCAGGGCUACGCAAGCAGCACGAGGGGAGCGAAAUACUGAAGUUUGAUGAUGUGGUGACCAAUGUAGGUAACUACUAUGAGCCCAGCACCGGCAAGUUCACCUGUCCUCUGCCUGGCAUCUACUUCUUCACCUACCAUGUUCUAAUGAGAGGUGGUGAUGGGACCAGCAUGUGGGCAGACCUGAAGAAGAACGGACUGGUAAGAGCCAGCGCCAUCGCUCAGGACGCUGAUCAGAAUUACGACUACGCCUCCAACAGUGUGAUCCUGCAUUUGGACGUGGGUGAUGAGGUGUGUGUGCAGCUGGACGGAGGGAAGGUCCACGGAGGGAACACAAACAAGUACAGCACCUUCUCCGGCUUCCUCAUCUACCCAGACUGAAUCUAAUCCUCAACCACGGAGAGUGGACACCAACACACACACACACACACACACACACACACAUAGACAUAUCCACACGACAUGUACGUAUGCAAAUUAAUGCACACACACAGACAUGCACACACACGAUGCCUGCAUGUACACACAAAAACACACACACACAAAUGCAAGCAAACACAUACAGACAUCCUGAGAUUACAACAGACUACAGAAGCGUGGAUGGAGUGAAAAUCAGAGAUAAGUGGAAUUAAGCCGAGCUGUGUGAUUUUGAGCCAAUCAUCACGAGCACCUGCAACUAUUGUCGCCUUUUGUGCAAAUAUGAAUAUCAGAAGAUGUACAGUAUAGGUGCACAUAACAAUUGCACGUUGUGGCUCUGAAAUAUCUAAAAUACUUUAAUGUGUUCCAUAUUAACUGACAUUGUGACGACUAGAAUAUAACAAACACCAUCAGUCUAACUGUGUUUUAAUGCAAUAAUGGUGUUGAGGGUGCCAUUAAACAAGACGACUAAGCCGAGGCAAACACACAACUGCUGCACUCCAGUCUUUACCUUACACAUUUCUGCUCUCCAUCCCAGUGACCUCUGAUCGAAAUGGCCUGCCUACAUUUUGCAACCCAUCACUGUAACAGAUAUUUCUCCCUAAAGUGAAUUACACCAGAUGAAAUUAAACCCCUGUUGUGAUUCCCCAUGCAUCGGGGCCAACUGAUUAAAACAAGGCCAUCUGAAUAAACACAGAUGUUUGACCUUUCUUUCCUGUUUCCAUCAUGACGCAGGACAUCACAUAGCGAGAUUAAACAAAACAUGUUACAGGGCAACACAUUUUAUGGAUGGCACUUGUGUGUGAUGAAGUUUAAAUUGCCAAGUGCAUUAUUGACAAUAUUGUGUGUGUGCGUGUGUGUGUGUGUGUGUGAGUGAGUGUGUGGGUGUGAGUGGAUCUAUAGAUACUGUAAUAUAAUGAGGCAGUGAAAAGUAACAGCUGCAGUGUUUUACUUACAUUAAAUGUUGUACAAUACAUUACAGGCACGUUACUGUAAUUACACUGCCAUACCUACUUAGUACUUUAUUUUUGAGAGACCCUGUUAAAGUAUCAUCAUAUGUAUAAACAGUACUCCUGAGAUGGGCUAUCUGGUAUGUUGAAUAUAGGCUCAGUGGAAAGUUGCUAUUAAAGUAUCUAUACC